CUCAAAAAUAACAACACGUUUGUUUUGAUUAAAUUUUGGAAUACAAAAAACAUAUUUAAAUUUUAAUAAAAUUUGUUUGACAAAUUAUUAUAAUUAUUUUAAAGAAAUAUCAAAUAAAGAAUGGAACCACAAAUACAAAAACAAAUAGACUCUUUGAGUGCUUUAUUGCCAAAACAUGUCGAUAGCUGGAAGUCGGCAAUACAGGAAGCUAAAAAAGUAGUAAGGGCACUUAUAAACUUUUCUGAACAAAUUAGCCACAUUAAAAAGGUGGAGUCUAAAAACAUACCAGACAAUUUAUUUGAAAGGAAAUCCAGUUUAGAAUUUAAUAUUUUAAGUAACAUUGAAGAUGAAUUGGUAUCUCUUAAAACACACAUGGAUUUUCUCAACAACAUAAACCACGAUUUAAACAAUAAAAUAUUGGCGUUGGAACGAUCAACCGCACAACUAGACUGGGAUGCUGAAUCACCUUUGAUAAAAGGAUCCGGUAAUCAGCCUUCAUUAGCGCGAUUUUUGGAGCUCAUCUUUGAUUUCUGGCGCUUUUUUGUCAUGACAAUGAAAAACAUUAAUUCUAAUUACAAAACCAUCGACUUUAGAGAUGAAAAAUCUCUGCAGAAUCUGGACCAAUCGUUAAACAUCGAUUUAAAUAAUAAUACUAUAACUUAUUUGUUAGCCAUUAGUCAGUAUAUAAAAAAUGAACAUGCUAUAAAUUAAUAAAAACAUUUUCAAGAGA